AUGGCGCUGCCCCCGGCCGCCGCGCCCCCCGCCGGGGCCCAAGAGCCGCCGGGACCGUGCGCCUCGGAUGCCGCCGCCGCCGCCGCCCCGGAGCCGCAGAUCGGCCUGCAGCAGCUGUCGGCACUGCGGCCCGAGCCGGGCGGGGUCCCGCUGCACUCGCCCUGGACCUUCUGGCUGGACAGAUCUCUGCCUGGUGCCACAGCAGCAGAGUGUGCCUCAAACCUGAAGAAAAUCUACACCGUGCAGACAGUGCAGAUAUUCUGGAGUGUGUACAAUAAUAUCCCUCCUGUGACUAGCCUGCCUUUGAGAUGUAGUUAUCACUUAAUGAGAGGAGAGAGGCGACCACUUUGGGAAGAAGAGAGUAAUGCAAAGGGUGGCGUCUGGAAGAUGAAAGUUCCCAAGGACAGCACGUCCACAGUUUGGAAAGAGCUGUUGCUAGCCACCAUCGGGGAGCAGUUCACAGACUGCGCAGCAGCAGAUGAUGAAGUCAUAGGAGUUAGCGUUAGUGUUCGUGACCGGGAGGAUGUUGUCCAAGUCUGGAAUGUAAAUGCCUCUUCAGUGGGUGAAGCAACUGUUCCAGAAAAGAUCUAUGAACUUCUGCCCCACAUAUCUUUUAAAGCGGUAUUUUAUAAACCCCAUGAAGAGCAUCAUGCUUUUGAAGGUGGACGUGGAAAACACUAAUUGCUCUCUGUAAAGAAUUCUUUGUCCUUUGCUGAUUGGUUUUGGAAACGGUCUUAACAGGAGGGAGAGUGAAGAGAAGACUUGCCGAAGCCCGAUGCUGGUCAAUUUAGAGUGGGUUUCUGUCCUUGCAGACUGGGCAGUUAGUACUCAAAGUGGCAGGUGGGGUUGGGGGGAGAUUGUGUGGGUUUCUACACAUCUUACACUUGCUUUUUUUUUGCCAAAAAGGAAGAAAGAAAAGAAAAACUAUUUUAUUUUUAGCUUUCUAAAUUCUCUGUUCUUCUCACUCCAUUUAAAAAAAAAAAAUUCCUUAUUCCGGCUAAUUAUUGUUUUCUACACUACCUUUCACUGAGGUACAGCGCUCGGUUUCCCUUUGAGAAUCCCUGAUGUACCUAGUUAAUACGAGUCUUAUGCAGUCAUGACAGCAAAGCCUUCCAAAGCACACUGUUCUGGGGGAAGACUAGCCAGGUCAAACCUGUCUUCUGACUAUUGGUUGUGACAUUUUCCUACAGACUGUGACCUGGCCAUUAUUUUUUUCCCAUCCCAAAGAAAGAAAAAAAUUGUAUUUAAUGUGUUUUUUUUCCACUGAGAGGACACAUACCUUAAAACUUUCUUAAAAGCAAUAUGCAAAAAUAAUAAUAAUAGUCAGUUGGCCUAAACAUGAAAACUUUAAUCACAAUUCAGUACCAGGAUGAAAACAAAACUCUGGGUCCUGAGCCCUCUGUAUCAGGCUUUCUGGCCAGCAUCUCAACCUACCCUUUUCAGUGGGAGGCUUCAAGCAGCAGGGGAUUUGCCCCAGAAGGAAACUUGGCAUUUCUGAGAGAAAAUGAUAAUUUUUAAUUGUAUGAGUUGAGCUUCUUCUCAAAUUCAGCUGUUGACCCGCUUACCAAAUAGAUUCUUACCAAACUGAUUCUAACCCCUUUAGUUCAGCGACUCCCCCUUUCCCGUUCAUAUUGUGUGUUGUUCCUCGUAAUCCAUGGCCUGCAAGGCUGGCUUACUUCCCUUCAUUUUCACAAUGCUGUAGGAUGCAGGUGAUCACUCACUAAGUUGAGCUUCGAGUGAAUUCUGCUGCUAUUGACUACAGGAUCCUUGCUACCAAAGAAAUACUGCUUUCAGAAGGUGGAAACCUUGCAGAGGAUUCUAACCCCCUCACAGCGUUUCCGUUUCCCACUCCACUUAGCCUGGCCUGUUAGUACAUUUUACUGAGAACGGACAGGCCAUUUGAUGAUACUCACUCCUGUUGGCUUACUUUUGGAACCACAGGAACAGUGCAGGCUUACACACUUCUCAAAAGAGUAGUGCAUGUGGACUUUCACACUCAGGAUUUUCCAUUUCUCUUGCAACACUGGCCGGCAGAGAGAUGGGGCUAGUCUGUGCCUCCUACUUGUGUUUGUAAAUACAAUUCCCCAUUCAGAUAUUUUGAAGGACUCUCGUUAACAUCUAUUUAUAAAAACUGUAGCCUCCACUUACAUAGCUAAACACAUCAACCAUAAUAAUAAUCAAUCAUAGCUUACAAGUUGCUUUUUUUCCCCUAAACUUAAGUCUCUUCAGCAAGUUCACAUAUCAGGCUAUUGGAUCCUUCUAGCAAAAUCCUGGGACAUGUUUGUCUAAAUGGUGUGCAAUUUUCUAAACAGUUUUUAAACUUGUUUUCAGAUUAUUCCUAAAGGAUUUAAAACAGUUAUCCUGGACAUGAAUUGAAAUUCCUUUUUAUAAUAUAAGUAUUUUUCUUAUAGAAUAGGGGGAAAGGAUAUAGCUGACUUCAUUAUGAUUGUGAUAUCUAUUUCCAUAAAUAA